AUGCAGCGCGCGUUGCUCGCAUCGCUGGCAUCGCUCCUCCCUCUCGUCCGAGCGGUCCCUUGGAGGAACAGACAGAAAGCUUCUCAGAUUAGUUGGUUUCUUGGCUUCCAGGUGGUGCACGAUGCCCAUUUCCUGGACUCCUUGAAGAAGAACAACAAGACUUGGGCCGCGGAGGAUGCCUCCUUGGAGAAGAAGCUGGCCUCCUUGGAAUCGAAAUUUGGCAAGAAACCCAACAUCAUUUACAUCCUUGCAGAUGACAUUGGUUGGGGUGAGAUGGGGUGGCAAGGCGGCGGCAAGCACCGCGGGACACCAACCGAAGGACUGGACAAGAUGGCCUUCGAUGGCAUCCGCUUCUGGUCGUCGUACUCGGAGCCUUCUUGCACACCCUCCCGAAUCGCCAUCAUGACGGGACGCCAUCCUGUGCGCACCGGCCUCCUCAAGGUCCUUUGGCCUGGCCAAACAGAGGGCCUCUCGCCAGAAGAAUUUACCAUCGCGGAGGUGUUGUCGACUGCUGGGUAUCACACGGCCAUGUGGGGAAAAUGGCAUCUUGGAGAACUGCCCGAGCAUGCUCCGGAAAAUCAAGGCUUCGAUUAUGCAUAUUACGGUCUCUUCAACGGGGCUCCAGACAACUGGCCAGACUCUCAUGACAUGCAGCAGUCUUACCCCAAUCCGCAUCGCGCAAUGUUCUAUGAUUUCCCCGGCGUGGAGGCGUACAAAGAGGAGACGGGGAUCGACCUGUCGGAGGCUGCUUUUGUCGGUCGCCGCGGCCAAAGCCGGCAGAAGCUCGGUGGAGCUGCUGGGACCCUGGGCCCCCGAAGGCAGGAGUAUUUUGAGAAAGAGUCGAUUGACCAAAUCAUCCAGUACGUGCAGGAGAAGGCCAAGGACGAGAGACCAUUCUUCAUUUACUGGGCCACGUACACGCAGCAACUGCAAGGCUCCGCACCUCAGAUGCACGAUCCGCACGUCGACCCGGCCAACGCGCAAGCUUCGAUGAUGGCGGCACACAGCGGAUACGUUGAUCGUCUACUCGCGACACUGCGAGCUGAGGGCAUUGCGGAGAACACGCUGGUGGUCUGGUUCAGCGACAACGGGCCAAUGUACGCGUUCUUCCCCAACUCAGGCUACUCUUGGCUCCGGGGCGGCAAAGGCACGGUCUUGGAGGGCGGCGUCCGGGUGCCAGCCAUGGCCUGGUGGCCAGGGACCAUCCAACCGAAUCAGGACCCUGUGGACAUGAUCCAUCUUACCGAUCUCUACACCACAGCCGCCCGUCUGGGUGGUGCUUUGGCCCAUGUACCUGAGGACCGGGUGGUGGAUGGCGUCGACCAGGUGCCGCUGCUUCUUCUGGGAGAAGGGCACGGGCGCAGGAGCACCAUGUUCCACUACAGCGGCAGCCAGUUGGGAGCAAUCCGUCACAAGAACUUCAAGAUCCAUCUGAAGGAGAGCAAGGGCGGCCUCCCUGGCAUGGACUUCUACAACGUGAAGAGGGAUCCAGGCGAGAAGUAUGGCGAAUUCUAUCCGGGGCUCUUUGCGGUAACGCCGGUCCAGCAGACUCUUCAAGCCCACAAGAGGAGAAUGCAAGAGUUUCCAAAUCGUGGUGAGCAGGAUUUGACAGGGUCUUGCCCACCACAUGCAUAG